CUCCCAGAUCACCACAUUUUGCCUCUGACACCUCCACUCCCCGCUCUCCCUGUUCGAUACUCCCAGGACGUUUCUGGACUGGACCGAGGACGGACCCCCAGCUCGUUUCAGAACUGGAAAAUCAGAAAUGAGGAACAACAUGAGACAAGAUCCAGUGAAAAUGCACAAGUUGUUAAUUGAGCUGAUGGUCCUGCUGGGAGUCAUUAGUUUGAGUAACGGUGCAAUCCAGAGGCCUGACUAUGAUGACACACCCAACCCAGAGUUCCUCAACCCGGCCUGGAUGGCCAGCAUCCCUGAUGAUCGGCUGCUGUCAGAGAUCACCAUGCCUGGGACCCACAACACCAUGGCCCUAUAUGGUGGUGUGUAUGCAGAGUGCCAGACCUGGAGCCUGGCCUCCCAGCUCCGUGCUGGUGUUCGCUUCCUAGACAUCCGUGUGCGUCACGUCAAUGGAAACCUCACCAUUCAUCACGGGGUGUCCUACCAGCGAGCACACUUUGGGGAUGUCCUGGAGGGAGUGACUGACUUCCUGCAGGAGUAUCCAACUGAGACAGUGUUAAUGCGUCUGAAGGAGGAGUUCAGUGAGACGGGUGACAUCUAUGGUGCUGUGGUAGACUACAUCAAUCGCUACUCUAACUGGGACCUACUGUGGCACAGCCGACUCGUGCCAACCAUGAGCGAGGCUCGAGGGAAGAUCAUCAUCCUGCAGAACUUCAAUGGGCCAGAUCUGGGGAUGCGUUAUGAUUCAAUGGACAUAGCUGAUGACUGGAAGGUGCCCACACUGGCACAUGUGCAGGAGAAAUGGCAGAGUGUCUACAACCACUUGGAGGAUGCACCUUCAGGAAACAAAGCCCAGAUUUUUCUCACCUUCAGCAGUGGAGCCGGAGUGUUUGCGCACCCCAGGGCCGUCGCACAAAUCAUCAACCCACAGCUGUACGAGUACCUGAGGGCAAAGACGGACCUGAACCAGCGCUUUGGAAUCAUAUGCAUGGACUUUCCCGCUGCCCCUAUUAUUCAAAUGAUCAUUGACUUCCAAUUAAAAGAGGCUUUUAAGACAGAGCAGGCCUAAUAACCCAAUUCUUAGCCACUUAACUUCCUCACAGACAAAGUAAUUAAUCAAACGUUUCAGUGCUAAUAUCUGACUGAGCUCAACAAAAGUAAUUAUGAUGGAAACUUUGCCUGGGAUGAAAUGUCUCAUUUGCGGGUCAUUUGCAAAAGAUUUGGGGAAUAAAAUAAAUGCAACUCAAAAAUAAAUCA